UAGCUCCAGUCGACGUCCGGUUGUGGCCAGCAGUACCAUUAUCAAAACCAGUUCCCCCGUCUCAGCGGGCGCCGUUAUCCUAGUGAGGGGCUUCCGGAGAUGUGCUUGAAAGCAACCUGCCAAGACUUAGCCGGCUGCAACAGAGUUCGAGACUCAUAGGAGCCGUGCACAGUCAAAGGUGGAGUCCUUCAGAUUGCAUGCCCUGAAGCAACACCCUGUGCUACACCCUUCUCAGCCUGUGGACUGCAGUCAUGCCAGGAUAAGGUUCGGGACCCCAACGGGUCCCCAUCGUCGUCCCUCUUUGCUGGUGCUCACUUGACUCGGCAUCACAACGUAUCAACAUUUCGUCUGGGAUAAAAAGAUGCUGCAAAUGGCCUCAACAAUAUGGCACUUGCGGUCACGACUGUUCAACGGAUGUGGAAAACCCUUGCGGAGGGUUUCCGUGGCGUCCUUCGCAUCCAGUAGCUCAGAUGAUCCACCUACUCUGCCUUCUUCAGCAGAUGUUGUCAUCAUCGGAGGUGGUAUUAUCGGUUGCAGUACGUUGUACCAUUUGAGCCACCUUGGAUGCUCAAACGUUGUACUUUUGGAAAAGGAUCAACUCACAGCUGGAACUACAUGGCACACUGCAGGUCUCAUCUGGCGCUUGCGACCCAAUGACACGGACAUACAACUACUGAACCACACCCGUCACUUGCUGAUGAACGUUCUCGAAGCCGAGACGGGGGUCUACCCGGGUUUCGUGAACAACGGCGGACUUUUUCUGGCGAGCACCCGUGAGCGUCUCAUGGAAUAUCAAAGACUCAUGACGAUUGGGAAAGCAUUUGGCGUGGAGUCUGAAGUGCUGAGCCCCGAGGAGACCAAGCGUCUCUACCCACUGAUGAAUACUUCGGAUCUGUAUGGCACUCUGUACAGCCCUGGAGAUGGUGGAGUCAACCCCAGUGAAUUCUGUUCCGCUCUUACAAGAGCUGCCGCACGCAGGGGGGCAAAGGUAAUAGAGAAAUGCCCCGUGGUAAAAAUUGAAACCAAGGUGGAUGACUAUGGAGUACGGCAGGUUUCGGGAGUCGAAACACCGUUCGGCCUCAUCGGCACAAAAAGGGUUGCCAACUGUACCGGUGUAUGGGCGCCUGAAAUAGGUAGACUAGCGGGUGUGACGGUACCCCAAGUCGCUAUGCGUCACGCUUAUGUCGUGACCGAAGGCAUCGAGGGAAUCCAAGGAACGCCAAACGUCAGGGACCAUGACCUCUCGCUCUAUUUUCGCCUGCAAGGAGACGCCCUCUGCGUGGGUGGCUACGAGCCCAAUCCAACUAUUAUAGAUAAGGUUCCGAAUGAGUUUGCUUUUGGCCUCUACGACCUUGAUUGGGAUGUCUUUGGAAUACACCUCGAAAAUGGCAUCAAGAGGGCGCCCGUAUUGGAGCGGACAGGGAUAAAAUCCACCGUGUGUGGCCCAGAGUCCUUCACCGCGGACCACAAGCCUCUCCUUGGCGAAGAUCCCGAACUUCGAGGUUUUUUUCACGGCUGUGGAUUUAACAGCCUAGGCAUGAACGGAAGCGGAGGAUGUGGGCAACAGCUUGCACUAUGGCUCCUGCAGGGCCGGCCAGAACUAGACAUGUACGCUUACGAUAUCCGUCGGUUCUCACCGCACGUGACCAAAAGCAGCAAGUGGGUGCUCGAACGAAGUCACGAGGCUUAUGCGAAGAACUAUUCAAUCGUUUACCCGCACGAUGAGCCGCUUGCCUCCAGGAACAUGCGACGCGACCCACUACAUGAGGAAAUGGCCAAGGCUGGAUGCGUCUUUCAAGAAAGACUGGGUUGGGAACGUCCUGGAUGGUUUGCAGAGGAGGAGUCUCCAAUACUAGAUUAUGACUUUUAUGGGAGCUAUGGGAACAUUAAGCAUGAAAAUUACAAGUACCAGGAGAAACUCAAGAUGGACUACACAUUCGGUUUCCCGAAACAUCAUAAUGUGAUAAAGCAGGAAUGCCUGGCCUGUCGAAAGAACGUCGCCCUGUUCAAUAUGUCAUAUUUUGGCAAGUUCUACCUCACUGGACCAGACGCACAAAAGGCCGCCGACUUUAUUUUCACCAGCAACAUGCAGAAACCCGUAGGUUCUACCAUUUACACAUGCAUGCUAAAUGGUCAAGGUAUGGUAGAAGCCGACCUCACAGUAAGCAUUGUCGCUCCUGGCCAGGGCACGUCAUGCGACCCUGCAUUCACAGGUCGAGGCUUUUACGUCGCUGCCGCUGGAUUCUGUGCCCACCAUUGCCUGUCACACAUGCGCUCUGUAAUACAAGACCAUAAAUGGAAUGUUGCCGUGGAAGACCACUCCACCAAUAUGGGAAUGUUGAGCAUUCAAGGACCGAACAGCCGAAAUCUUUUGCAGUCUCUGACAGACGAGGACCUUUCCGACGGGAGCUUUCCAUUUUCGACGAACAAGGUCAUCAAUAUUGCAGGUUACAAGGUCCGUGCCUUGCGGCUGACUUUCGUCGGAGAGUUGGGCUGGGAACUGCACGUCCCGGCCGACUUCUGCGGGCCGGUCUACAGAGCUCUGUGCGGCAACGGGAAGCAGUUCGGGCUACGGAACGCGGGCUACAGGGCCAUUGAUUCGCUCAGCAUGGAGAAGGGUUACAAGCACUGGCACGCUGAUGUCCGGAUGGACGACAGCCCGCUUGAAGCAGGCCUAGGGUUCACGUGCAAGCUCAAGUCUGACGUGGACUUCUUGGGUCGGCAAGCCUUGGAAGAACAGCGGAGCAGAGGUCUCAAGAAACGCGUUGCAUUCUUUUCCAUAGAUGAGGCUGUUCCACUCUUUGGCCUGGAGGCCAUCUGGAGAGACGGUCACGUCGUGGGCUUUAUUCGUCGAGCCGAAUUCGGCUUUGCCAUGAAUCGAAGUCUUGCCGUGGGCUACGUCGGGCAUCCAGGGGAUGAGCGUGUCACGCAGGACUUUCUCGCUUCGGGCGAUUAUUCCCUCGAGUCGAUGGGUCGUCGACUGAAGGCCCACUUCCAUUCCAAGCCGCCGUUCGACCCGGAAAACAAAAGGGUGAAGGGAAUUUACGACGAACCUCUGCCAUGCGACGCUUAACAAUAAGAAAGUAACAUGCUUUUCGAAUGUGGAGCCUUUUCAGCUAUAGCGUGCUGCUUUAUAAUGCAUCCUGGCUUCUUUGCUGUGUUCUCGCAUGUUCCGAACCGAAUUUGCCUCCCAGCACUUUUUUCGCCCUGUCUCAAUACAACUAGGCAGCAUAGGUUGCUAGGUUGCCCAACUAUAUCCGCUGUUGUCACAUCCGCACUGCGAGGGUGGAGAUGGCCUCCAUUGGCACGCAUGUCGAAGUUCACUUUGGGUUAGCAGACGGCAAAGCCCGAAGACGAGCGGUCACGAAGCCCCUAGCGUGAUCCAAGCGGCUAAAACCGCUAGAUUCCUUCGGGUGGCAACGGUCACGUGAUCCAGCGUGGGUGCCGACCUAGCAAUUUCCGAGCGCUAGGCUGUGUUACCAUGAAAUGACAACCCGAAUUCGCCAUUAUUUGUGCCGCAAAGCGGUAGAUCUGGCACCAGCUCCUACCCCAAUAAUUUGCAUUGCUUUAGAGCACGUGGCCCUCCUCCGUGAACGAGCGUUGUCCUCCCUGCGCUCCAGAUGCGCGCCGUUUCGAUUUCGGUCCAUAGAAAUUUUAAGACUAACUUACGGAUUUUUAAAAAGUAAGCAUGGCUUUGCACCAGGAUUGUGUUUCAUUCUGCAUUCUCACUUUUGCCCUAAAGCCCCAAUUAAAGGGUUAAUUAACGAA